CAAGAAAGACAUCAGUCUGUGGCAUCUCCACACCUGAACGAGUCAAUUGCAGGAAAACAUGAAGCUGACCAUUGCCAUCAUCGCGAGCAUCCUGCUCAUCAGCUUGGCCGAUUUGGCCACUGGAUCGGCUUGUGGAUGCACAGAUCCAACAACAACAACCACCUGCCCGACAACAACCCCAUGUCCGACCACAACCCCCUGUUCGACAACAACACCAAGAACCACUUGCAGGACAACAACCACUUGCCCGACCACAACCACAUGCUCGACAACGACCCCAUGCCCGACCACAACCACAUGCUCGACCACAACCCCAUGCCCGACAACAACAACGACAGCCCCAUGCUCAACAACAACACCAAAACCUUGCACGUCAACAACCACUUGCCAGCCAAUAACAACAACAACAACAACCACUCGCUCGACAACAACCAAAGCACCCACCACCUGCAGUACAACCAAAAAGCCCUGCAAUACCACCAAGAAGCCUCCAUGCAAUACCACCAAAAAGCCCACUAAGCAAACCACCAAGAAGCCUCCUUGCAAUACAACCAAAAAGCCCUGCAAUACCACCAAGAAGCCGAAAACCACCAAGAAGCCAAUAACCACCAAGAAGCCUCGUUGCAAUACUACCAAAAAGCCCACUACCAGAACCACCAAAAGGCCCUCUUGCAAUACUACCAAAAAGCCCACUACCAGAACCACCAAAAGGCCCUCUUGCAAUACUACCAAAAAGCCCACUACCAGAACCACCAAAAGGCCCUCUUGCAAUACUACCAAAAAGACCACUACCAGAACCACCAAAAGGCCCUCUCGCAAAACCACCAAAAGGCCCUCUCGCAAAACCACCAAGAAGCCGACCACUAAGAAGCCCACGACCAAGAGUCGCUGCGUGUGCGGUUAACCAACACUGUGGGCUCGGUUAAUCAACACUGUGGGCAGCAAUGAGCGCACGAUCUGUGCGUGUGGAGAAAAGGAUUGCCUGUUGCAAGAUAGAGCAUCUUUUGGCUUCUCAAUCCCUGACAUUAUUGGAGCUCUGCCUGCUCACCCUGGACCAUGAUUUCGAUCCAAUUGUUAUGUUUUUAUUUAUUCAUAAUAAACCCGUGCGGAAUGCUGACUUUGGUCGUCUUCCAAUCAUUCCAUUCUGUUUGCAAAAA